UUCGGCAGGGCAGCGCCGAGCCCCCCGCGCCUCUGCCCGGGCGCCUCCCGGCGGCUUCCCCCCGCUCCCCGCCGGGGCCUCCUCCUCCAUGCGGGAGAGGAGGAGGAGGAGGAGGAGAAGGAGGAGGAGGAGGGAGCUGCUCGCCGGCCAUCCCCGGCGCCCGGCGAGUCGGAGCCGAGCCGCCGCGCCGCUCCUGCCGCAUCUCCCCGCGGCGCGCAGCCGGCGCUGAGCCCUCUCUGAUUUCCCUUAUAUAUAUAUAUAUUUAAAUUUAUUUUCAUUUUUCACACCCUCCCCGUCUUUUGGUUCUCCCCCUUGGCCGCCAGCAAAGUGUCUUCAUGAGCCCAGAGGAUGUCCGGGAAGCACUACAAGGGGCCUGAAGUCAGUUGUUGCAUCAAAUAUUUCAUCUUCGGCUUCAAUGUCAUUUUCUGGUUCCUUGGCAUAGCAUUUCUUGGCAUUGGAUUGUGGGCAUGGAAUGAAAAGGGAGUGCUGUCCAACAUCUCCUCCAUCACCGACCUGGGAGGCUUUGAUCCAGUUUGGCUCUUCCUCGUGGUAGGAGGAGUUAUGUUCAUAUUGGGAUUUGCAGGAUGCAUUGGAGCUUUGCGAGAAAAUACCUUUCUUCUCAAAUUUUUUUCUGUGUUUCUUGGAAUUAUUUUCUUCUUGGAGCUCACUGCUGGUGUUCUAGCAUUUGUUUUCAAAGACUGGAUCAAGGACCAGCUUUAUUUCUUUAUAAACAACAACAUCAGAGCAUACCGAGAUGACAUUGAUUUACAAAACCUCAUAGACUUUACGCAGGAAUAUUGGCAGUGUUGUGGGGCUUUUGGAGCUGAUGACUGGAACCUUAAUAUUUACUUCAAUUGCACAGAUUCCAAUGCAAGUCGAGAGCGCUGUGGUGUGCCAUUCUCUUGCUGCACUAAGGACCCUGCUGAAGAUGUUAUUAAUACUCAGUGUGGCUACGACGCAAGGCAAAAACCAGAAGUUGAUCAGCAGAUUGUUAUCUACACUAAAGGCUGCGUCCCUCAGUUUGAGAAAUGGUUGCAGGACAAUCUUACCAUAGUUGCUGGCAUAUUCAUUGGGAUAGCAUUACUGCAGAUAUUUGGGAUAUGCUUAGCCCAGAAUUUGGUUAGUGACAUUGAGGCUGUCAGAGCCAGCUGGUAAAACUGCUGAAGUAACCACAACAAGACACUGGACAACCGAAACCCUCUGAAACCUCCAGUGUGUCGCUCCGACACCAAGCUGUAUGGACAUGGGUGACAGGGAAGCCUUCUCUCCCACAUAGUCUCAAGCCUACGUUCCUGAUGUUGCAGUGAACUCAUGUUUCUUUGGGGUGGGGGAGAGAAGAGUGGGCUCUUUAAAAUCUGCUGCUCACUGACAAUUUUUUUGUUUUAAACCACCAGUUUGAAAGCUGUUGAGCCGUGAAUCUCUACUGUAUUCUUGAUCCUGAGUAACAAGUGGACACUUUUUAAAAAUUGGUGUAUUCAGUGGGACAGAGUUGCAUCAUUGUAGUCUGUGGAUAUGCUGUUUAUUCUUCAUGUCAUGAGCUCUACGAUAGCUGCCAAAUACUCCCAAGAUGGUCUCUCUCCUCACCACUCUGUAAAGGAGCAAUCUUCUUGUUUUCACAGCUAAACAUAGCUACAGGCCUAAACCCAUCAAGCAGGAAGCAACUUUCUAUGCAUCUAUUGUACAGUAUAUUAAAAUGUUUUUAAAACUAAGGAUUAUUUUUUUUUUUUUUACACAAGCUUACAACCAUCUCCCUGUUGUACUUUGAUGUUGGAAUCGGCAAGCUCACAGGGAGAACUGUCUAAUUUUAUCAACAUCUUUUUUCCUUUCUACACCCUUGUAUGAAAGGAAAGGAGUUUUAUAUUUGAUGAACAAAGGUUGUAGAUCCUUUGGUUGCUGCCAUACUUUAGGACAUCAGUUUCUUAAGGCAAGAAUGGGAUAUAACUGUAUAAAUGUAUGAAAGCAGUGUGGAUGUUGGGUCCAAGUGAAUAAUAUUAUUCAAAGAAUGAAUUAUAUAUUAACUUAAAAAAAUCAAAGCAUAUGUAUCUGAUAUGGCUAAAUCUUUUGUUUCUCUGGAAUUUAGUGUAACCUAAUGUAUUUGGGGAUCUCACUAAUAUUAGUGCUUUGAAAUACUUGUGCAAAACGUCUUUUAAGAUAAUUCCUUGGUCUGUUCCUAUCUGAGGUUUUGGUCUUUCUCUCUUUCUUUUUUUCCUUUAAGUCUUUUUUCUUGCAUGAGCUGUGGAGUAAGUACCUGUGACACUCCAGUGCUUUAAGUCUGUGCAUAUGUUUUAAUACAGUCUAACCCAGACUUAUUUAUUGGUAAAUGCAUGUAAUUAUGGAAAGAUCAUAUCCCAUUCCCUUGGAAGUUGGACAGAACAGCUUUUGCCAGAGUAAAUCCAUACCUUCAGAAAACAAGUCUUUGCUAUAGGGAUAUCUCCCUCUGUUGCUCUAAGUGCAACAAAAAGCUUUCUUGAAGCAAUGGAAUAAAAGUUUUAAAAUCAAAAUGUAUAUUAGGAUCAGCCAAGACACAGACUCUUUUGAGCUGAAAAAAGAGUAGAAUUUGGAAUAAAGCACAAAUAGUGGAAGAAUUAGAUCAGACUUCAUCCAGCUUAGAGUUUGAUUCAUUGUUCUUCACAAAUAAUAGUGAAUUUCUGAACCUAACCAUGGCUUGGGUAGUUUCAUCGCACUUUGUAUAAAUUUAGCUUAUUAUAUGACCCUUCUCAGUAUAUGCAGAACCAGUCCUAAAAGCUAUGAGCUUUUGGCUCCUGCUUUGGUAAAUCAGUGACAACAGGUGGUGUGUAGCACCUCAUUGUAAGAGCUUAGCAUCUUUGAGAUGAGUUUCCUAAUGAGUACAUGAAGUAGAAGAGAUGAAUGCGUUGUUUUCAAAGCUUCCCUGUUGUGGGGGAUGGAUAGGAGUCUGGUCUGAUGACCUCUUGAGGUCCUUUCUGGCCCCAUGACUCUUAAACGUGUGAGUAUAUGUACCCUUGCACAUUUUGCCUUUCUGUGCUUUAGUUGGCUGUGUUUUAUCCCUGUCCAAAGGUGGGCACACUGUUCCACAGAUGCCACAGAUAGUCCUGUUGCCCUCCUGUCUUUGAGCAUUACCUCAUCCUCUUCUGGUUAACUCCCACUGACUGGCUCUGAAUCAGGCAGCCUCCGUAUCCUAUGGUAUCUGCUGUUAAAGGCCAGCCAUGAUUCAGAGCAUUUUUUAAAGCCUUUGAAAGCAAUUAUAAUUCACUGUCCUUAAUAAAGUUGGUUCCACCUCACCGCAGUGUUACGUUUUUCUUAGCGCUCCCCAUCUUGAGGAGUUACUGGUGUUCAUUUCCCCCAAAGGGACACACCAUUUUGCCUGAUAGCAGCAGGACAGACAGGUCAUCAGCACUUACGUUGCUGCACUGUAAUGAAAUGGUGCGGGGAGAAAUCAGGGAAGCAUUGUCAGGAAGUAACUCUUCCACCCAAGAGCCUUGGUUGUGACCCAGCACUUCGCUGUGGAGAAAAGAAAAAAGUUUGCAUUACAGAAACAUUCCUUGUUGCCACUGAUCUUGAAUACUGCUGUUGGUGCUGUGAGCGUCUGAAGACAACUUCCAUUCCUCUACUUGAAUUUCUGCAGUUGUACUGUAUUGGCCUUCUGACUUGUCACGCUCUCCUCUGAGGUCCAGUCUGCUCGGCGUGGCCUUGGCAGUGUCAGGCUGAUAGGAAGGUAAAUGAUCUGAGGUGAGCAAGUCUUGUUCUCAUUGCUUGCAUGUGUACACACAGGUGUGCAGCAUUUCUGCUGAGUCCCAGAGUGACUGUUCUUAAUAAAAAACCACUAAAUAAGGUAUUUUUCUAGACCUUGUCUUUAUUGCUGCAGAUGCUGACAUGCACCCCCCCGCGCCCUAACUCUGGAGAGAUGGUCUUAUUUUUCUCAUUUUUGCAGUUGCUUGAUGGAUGCAUACUGAAUGUUCAGGAUUAGCUGCCUAUGUUGCACAUUUAAAUGCCACAUUUUUGUCUACAGAUUGGGUAAGAUGUACUGAAAAUGCCCGAUCUACUUACAGCUUAGGUGUCCAGUUCGGAAAGCUUGUGGGAGGCCUUGGAAAUCCAUCUGUAAUUGUCAGAGCCUACCAAAACCAAUCAAGCUUUCUUCCAGAAAACCUUGCAAAACGUUCAGGUGAGCACAACUAGAGCACAACUGCUGGCUACACGGGCUUAUUUUCCAGAGCAAUAAGGUACGGUAGGCAGUAUGGCUUUCUGGCAGUUUCUAGCUUGCCUGAUGUGGUGGUGGGUAGGUGUGAGUUCAGAGGUCAAUGUCACCAUCCUGAACGUGCUGUGGUUGUUCAGAAAUUUGUUGCCAGGCUUGUGGCCCUUUGUGGAGCACAAAACCACUUUGCUGGGCAGACUGUAUGUGACGGCAGUGUCGCUGUCGGGAGGUCUGAUCCCUUCAGCGGUAGCCCCAGUUUUAAAGCCAUUUUCCUGUCAGAGGGCAUCCUGGCCCUUGUUCCUGCUCUGCUGCUUUCUAAAUGCUCUCCGUACUCACAAGUCUUUGUUUGCUGCUUCGUUAUAUAUAUAUAUAUAUAUAUGGACAAAUGUUUGAUUUGUCUGUGUGUGCGUGUGUCUGUUUCUGUAGCAGUUGAGAUCUUUUUGCUUCAAAAUCCAUAAUUUUGGUAGUGCCCCUUAGAGUUUGGAGCUGUGGAGACGUUGCUCAAGCGUGCUCUGUCCUGGAAGCCUUCUCUCCCCUGAGAGAGUGAUGUUCAUCGUAGUUCUGGUGUGUAAAUAGUCUUUGAAAUGUAAAUAGUAGCAUGCAGGUUACAUGAUUCUUGCACAUGACUGCUUUUCACCCUGAAAGCGUUCAUCCCGGCACGGUGUCCACCCACCAGACCUGGGCGGUGGGAGCCAGGGGGCCACCAGGCCUCGUUCCCCUGGCCCCGGAGUGCCACCUAGUGCCUCCGGGACGCCUUGCAGCAGGCCCUGGGGAAGGUAUAAACCCUAGCACACCUCCCUUGGAUAUAUAUAUAUAUUUUUUUUCCCCCUGCUGCUUGGAACUGGGAGAACAGCAUCAGACUGGGAACUGGAGGGGCAGAGCCAGAAUCCCCUACCCGUUCUGGGAGGUCAGCAUCACUAAAAGGACUAAAGCAUGGUGCUAGACGAAUUGCUUUUGUCCUGGACGCUAAUCUGCGUUUUGACUUCUUUAGAGAUGCCCGUGGUAAAAUUCAUCCUGAUUUAACAAUCUUGGUUGCAAGAAGCUCUCACGGGAAUUCGCAACUCUGUCUCCUGCUGCAUGUGUGCCGUCCGGGCGUGUGGUGGUGGCGGCUGUGCAAGUGCCUGGGCGGCAGGUGCGAUCUCAGCGCGUGUCAGGCACGGGUGAAGGUUCCAGUUCCUCUCUCCUAUUUUUUUUUUUUUUUUCUUUUUCCCUCUGAAACCUUUCGGGAUAUCUGUAAUUGGUCAUAUAAAACUGUCCAAUGCAAACAAAACAAAUCUACCUUGUUCUAUCCACUACCUACCGACUUUUGCCACUUACAGAACCAGUAAUCUUUCACCCUUAACGUGCAGUAUAAAAAUAAGGGUUGUGACUGCUGGCAUGCAUCAGGCAGGUGCUCAGCCAUGCAGCACUACUAGCUGUCUGUUGUGUUUGGCAAUGCAAAUCUGUUAACAACAAGCUCCAUCUGUAUGUAUGUUCAUGCUCACGCUGUGUACCUAGCAGGGACAGACCUGCUGCUACCUUGAGCUCUGGGGAGACUGGCGUCUGGGUUUUGUGACUCGGACCCAUCUCUGAUAAGUACGUUCCAGAUCAGUUUCAGCUGUAUCUCUUUGCUUGGUUCACCCCGUUCACCCCAGGGCAUAAGGUGUCGAUAUUUACCCUUUGUGUAUCAUUCCUUUUUAUACGAAUGUAUUCUCUUGUGUUCCUUUUUUAUCGGUUGUAAAAUUGAUUGUAAAAGCCAACUACACUUACCGAUUGAAAGUAUUGCUAUAACAGAACUGCAUGCCCAGUAGAGUUUGACUCGAGCUUUAGUUAUCUGAUUUCAGACUGGUUAUCUUCAGUCUAGGAGAAAAGCAUAGAUCAGGUGCAUAUGUAUUACUUGUCAUCUUUAGCAUUAGACUGUGGUAUUGUAUCACAUGCUGAUCUCAAUGGAUGUAACUGGAGUAUACUUGGGAAGUUGUUGCAACUUCCUGGUAAUUCAUUUUAAGCUAUUGAAAGUGGUCUUGAUCAUGCUACUUGUGUUCUUGGGUUUUUGUUUUUUAAUAGAUGCAUUUUUUAGGAAUGUUUUAAUACACUUAUGAUGGACAAUACAAUAGUUUUAAUAGUUGUGCAGUAUUCUGUAUUUACUUGAAGUAAAUCAUUUUAUAUGCAAUUUGUUAGAUAAUUACAAUUUUAUAAAUAAAAUUCUGUGAAAUAUGA